AUGCCGCUUAUAUACGCCCUCAUUGCGAGGGGCAACGUAGUGCUAUGCGAGCACGCAGACAGCGACGGGAACUUCCCGACUGUCACGCGUCUUCUUCUUUGUCGACUCCCAACCGACAAACAGCGCAUGUCCUACAUAUACGGCAGAUAUGUCUUUCAUUACAUCGUGUGCGAGGGGCUUACAUUUUUGACGAUGGCCGACGAUAGCGCGGGAUUUGCUCUGCCAUUCGAAUUCUUGGAGGCUGUCAAACAACAGUUCCUCCCGCAGUUCAGCGAAGCAGCCAAAACCGGCAUUGCGUUGUCUCUACAGGGCAGCUUUGAGACUACCCUGAAGACAAUGCUUGACUCGUUCAACUCCCACCAGACUCUUGAUGAUUUCAGACAAAUCCGCACCCAGAUCGACGGAAUUCACUCGGUGAUGAUCGACAGCAUCGGGUUUGGAUUCAGGGUGAGCUCUGUGGGCUGCACAGACAAGAUUCUUGAACGCGGGGAGAGGAUAGAUCUGUUGGUAGAUCAAUCCGAGCAGCUGAACCAGGAAGCUGUAACGUUCCGACGGCAGGCCCGUCGCUUGAAAAACGCUCUUUGGUGGCGUAAUGCGCGAAUCGUUGCUAUGCUCAUCGGCAUUAUCUCUGUGCGUCUGCAGCUCUAG